UGGCAGUCACAGGAUAUCACAGUUUCUUGCGAAAGACAAAGCUAGCCAUUAGGCUUUCAUUUGCUCUGUCUGUACUUUGGAGAUCACCAUAAAAAAGUAGAGAAGACAGAAUGGGGAACCAAGCAUACAUCCUGAGUACCCUUCUAGUUCUGAUUCAAGCAAGUCAAAUCUACGGAAAUAGGAAUCAAGCCGACCCAUUGUACUCCAGACUUGAUGGACCAUUCCCCAUAAGGUACAGGAUAAUGAACAUCAGAUACACUAGGACAUGGAUAACAGCUAAAACAGAAGAUGGUACGGAUUGUGUAUUCCCUUUUCGCUUUGCUGGCCGGUUGCACUUCUCCUGCUCAUCAAGAGCUCCUUUUUUUAAGAAGUGGUGUGCAACAACGAGCAACUAUGAUCGUGAUAGACAAUGGGGAUACUGCCAACAAAAGUCCAGUAAAGAAAUAAUUAUACAAGAUCCUUGUGCAAAUAAUCUGUGCCAAAAUGGUGGUACUUGUUCCACUGCGGUUGACAGAAGCACUUAUCACUGUCAGUGUCUGGAGAAAUUCACAGGACAUAAUUGUGAAAUAGAAAAAUGUUUUGAUGAAGCUCAUUAUGAGUUUUAUGGUCCAGAGGAAAGGUGGGACAGAAUUCAUCAUGGGCGAGUGGAACAAUGUAUAUGUCAGGACAGUAGGGUUGAAUGUCACAGUGGAGCUAGAUACACAGCUUGUGUAAAGAAUCCUUGUCUCAAUGGAGGUGCCUGUCGAAAAAUGCUUUCAUCUGGGGAAUAUGUUUGUGGAUGCAGAGGUCAUUAUGUUGGAAAAUACUGCAAUAUAGAUUACAGGCAACGUUGCUACCAUACUGCGGUCAAUACCACAGAAUACAGAGGCAUUGUGAAGAGGACUCGUUCUGGACAGAGUUGUCUUCCGUGGAACUCAGAUAUUCUUUAUGAAGAAAUUAAUGUUCGCAGUGAGAGUGAUUUUAUUCAGAAAGGUUUGGGAUCUCAUUCUUACUGUAGACAGCCAGAUGAAGAUACUAUUCCCUGGUGUUAUAUAAUGAAGGACAACCAUUUAUCUUGGGAGCACUGUGAUAUACCAGAAUGUGUUGCAAAGGGAAGAACACUUGUACUCUCAGAAGAGCUUUCUGAUACACCUAUAAAACCAACAUGUGGCAAAAAACACGAGAAGCGAGUUAUUGCAAGAGGACGGAUUAUUGGAGGGCUCUCAGCGCUCCCUGCCUCUCACCCUUGGCUUGCAGCCAUUUAUAUUGGGAAUGAUUUCUGUGCCGGGAGCCUUAUACAGCCCUGCUGGGUUGUUUCUGCAGCUCACUGUUUUGCACACAGUCCUCUUAAGUCAACCAUAAGGGUUGUUCUUGGACAGCAUUUCUUCAAUCAGACAACAGAAGUUACACAGACAUUUGAAAUUGACAGAUACUUUUUUCAUGAGAAGUAUUCUGUUUUUAGACCUACUGAUCAUGAUAUUGUUUUAAUAAAACUAAAGAGAGUGGACAAUCGUUGUGCUAAGAAGACACAGUUUGUUCAAACAAUUUGCCUCCCUGAAGAUGGAAUAUCUUUUGCUGAUGAUCACCAGUGCCUAAUAGCUGGAUGGGGACGUAUGGCCGAAAGUGCCACUGAAUACGCACACAAUUUGCAGGAGGUCACUGUUCCUCUUGUCCCUAAUAAUAAAUGCACUAGCCCAGAGGUCUAUGGGGCAGAUAUCUCUGAUAAUAUGUUCUGUGCUGGCUAUUUUGAUUGCCACUUAGAUGCUUGUCAGGGGGACUCAGGCGGACCCUUGGCAUGUGAGCGGGAUAAAGUAUCCUAUUUAUACGGAAUCAUCAGCUGGGGAGAUGGAUGCGGCAGAAUGAACAAACCUGGAGUUUAUACCAAAGUGUCUAACUAUGUCACCUGGAUCAGACAGAGAAUCAUGCCUAAGAAAAACAAUUAAAAUGCUUUAGUUAAAAA